AUGGGCUCCAGGCUACCCACCACGCUCCUCCGGCGACCGAGUCCGAUCUCCCUCAUCCCCAACACCACCCCGACACCAAGCACAUCCUCAGCACACCACCUCCGCCACCACCCAACCGGCUCCCAAGUCCGGCACGCGACCUUCGUGCCCCGCCAUCGCCGCCCCUACCAGUUCACGCAGCUGGUGCAGCUGAGCGACGGCAGCACCUUUACGCACCGGACGACGUCCCCCGUGCCGCUGCACCGCUCCACCAAGGACACGCGCAACCACGCCCUGUGGCAGCCGUCCGAGGCGAGCCUGCGCAACCUCGAGGUCGACGAGGCCGGCAAGCUGGCCGCCUUCCGGGCCCGCUUCGGCCGCGGCUGGGACGCCAUCGAGGAGGACGCGGCCGCUGGCGACGCCGUCGAUGCCGCCGCUGAGACCGGCGCCGAUGCCAAGAAGACGACGGCAGAAGCGGCUGGAGAGGGUGGAGAUGAGGCCGGAGAGGAUGCCGGAUUGUCGUUGUCGGACCUGAUCAGCGGAUAUGCGGCGAGGGAGGAUUCGACGGGGAGCGGGGGCCUGAGUGCCAAGGAGCAGGCGAAGAUGGAGAAGUCGGGCAAGAAGAAGAGGUAG